GGAGACUGCAUCAUGCUUGAUUGCGCCAGCCAUGAUUGACGUACCCCGUCGUCUCCGGCGCGCCAUCCUCCUCAACGACCUGUCGCUGGUCAAGCGCAUCAUCCGCAACAAUCUCAACUAUCUGCGCAACCCAGACUUUGACGACCGUUCCAACACUUCGCUGCACCUGGCCGCAAAGCAUGGCUUCACAUCCAUUGCCGAGUAUCUCGUUGACGUCGGGCACGAAGAUGGCAUGAUUAGCCGCAACAACGACUGGGAAACGCCGCUGAUGCUGGCUGCCAUGGCAGGCAAAGAAGAAUGCGGCGUCUACCUCGCCAAGCGCUUUCCUGAGUGCGUCGGCUGGAAGAACAAAGCUGGGCUGGACGCGCUCAUGCUGGCUUGCAAGUCAGGGUCUGGCACCUUGCACCUUAUCCCGACGUUGAUCGUGCACGGGACCAACAUUCUUUCUGCUUGCGACAACCAGGGCAACACAGCACUGCAUCACGCUUCUGCAGCCGGCGAGCUGAAGGCGCUACGCAUGCUGCUGCAGUACGGAGCGAAUCCCCUUGCCAGCAAUAGCUACAGCUGGACACCUGUACAUUACAGCGCGACAAGCGCCGCCGAAACUUAUUUCAAGACGCUGAUUAUAGAGUUUGAGAAGAAGAAGGCCGAGGGCAAACGUGCGAACGCAGAAAGAGAGCGCCAGCGUACCGCCGGUGUAAGACUAGUCACGGAUGCAGAGGGCUUGAACAACUCUUCUGCCGCUGCCAACGCUUCUGCUGCAAAUGAUGGCGCGACACAGGCUGCGGGCAGUAUCAGACAGAGAGCUAGAGACGAUGCUGCUAUUGCGGGACUCCCUGCUCCUGGCAUGGAUUGGAGUCCGAUAGAGAGACGAAGGGCAAUGACGCCUACCGAAGGCCUUGCAUGGGCGUUUACGGGCGAUGCAGCAAGACCAAGGGCUGAUACUGGCGAGUCUAUCUAGGCAAAGGUCUUUAUUUGCAUGUCGAGGUUUUGGGCAAUGAUUGUUUUGUAGGAUUAUCUGGGAUCUGGCGUGUUUUGGAGUUUUCAGCUUGAAACGCUGGCAUACUUGUGGGUUUGUAAGAGUAGAAUUU